CCAUAAUUCAGCUUGAGCUUGUCUAUUCAUCAAAAGAUGAAAUGACGAAUCAGGAGGAGUUAGCUACUUAUGACUAAAAAUGGAAAACGGCUCUGCUGCUAGACAGGAGGAUAUGUUGCCCACUUUGCUCCAGGAGACGGGAGAAGCUGGAGAUCAUGAUUAUGAGAGGGAACAUCAAGGGUCAGCGUCAGAUAUGAAAGCAGGAGUAGCAGGC